UAAAAAUAGAAAAAGAAAUGCAACUAUUUCCUUGUUAUUUCUCCGAUUCAGUGGAGCUCACUCUCGUUCCUGAACCUGUCGCCGUCGCGUGCCUCUGAAACCCCGGAUUUUUACGUCACCUACGUCAUGUCAUGUUACAUGUUGGACAAGGGUAGCUCUCAAGGCCCGGGAAUAAACAAAAAGCAGCUCCCGUCUUUCGAUCACCUUCUGUAUCUGUAUCUUCAUAUUAUCUCUUCGUACCUCGGUUUGUUUAAGAUAACACUUCUGAAAUGGUGGGAAAACGUCAGUGGAAUAAUGAAGGCGCUCGCCAUCGCGGCCGUCACGUCGGUGACGAAGCACACCAUGAUGAACACCCUCGCGAUCUCGAAACAGGUCGAUACUCUUACUACGACCCCAACCAGAAAUCACGUCCUAAACCGCGUAUAAUGCAAUUCCAAGAUGCAGCGCGCACAGCUCUCGAAGAUGCACGCCGCGGGGAGAUUAAACGUGCACUACUCCACGGCAUCGAUCGUCAAGGGCUCGAGAAAUACAGAAAAUCAGAAGAGGAGCUCAAAGCGAUGAAGAAUAAAAAACUCCGCGCCUUUUACGAGCAGCAAAACGAGCGGCUUAAUGAUUGGCUCGAGGUAGACGCUGUGGUGAUGGCGAUAGCGGAUGAUGUACUAGAGAGCAUGAAUCCGGAUCCGGAUCAUGAUGGUGAUCAGGAGAGAUGUGGAGGAAUUCAGCGCGUGGAGGGCAGGAUUGGAGAGUUGUUGCCUGAGGAGGAGAAGGAGAAGAGGAGGAAAGCUGCAAGAAAGGCGAAUUUGGCUAUCAAUAUCAACGUGAUAGCUAAUAUUCUUCUUUUGGCGGGGAAAGCUUUUGCUGUGUUUACGACGGGGUCACUAUCGCUCGUUGCGUCGCUUGUGGAUUCAGCGCUGGAUUUACUGUGUACGCUUAUCGUGUGGUCGACGAGUAGACUUGUCUUGUGGCGGUUGCAGGCGAUGCAGCGACGAUUUCCCGUAGGACGAAGACGUUUGGAACCGCUGGGUAUUCUGGUGUUUUCGAUCAUCAUGGUCAUUUCGUUUCUGCAGAUUCUGCAGGAGUCGUUCUCGAGAUUGCUGAAGCACUCUGAGGCUGAGAUUCUGAGCUGGGCUGCUAUCGCGUCGUUGCUAGCGACGAUUGUUCUCAAGGGAGCUAUUGGGCUGGGAUGUCGACCUAUCAAGUCAAGUCAGGUACAAGCUCUUGUGCAGGAUUGCAAAACGGAUGUUAUUUUCAACACGCUUUCGCUUCUCUUUCCACUGAUCGGAUACCGCGCCAACGUAUGGUGGCUCGACCCCGUCGGCGCUGGGUUGCUCUCCCUCUUUAUCAUCUACGACUGGGGCCACACAUGUUUCGAGAAUGUUGUCCGGCUCUCAGGCGAAGCAGCAGACGACCACACGCUCAAGAAGCUAAUCUACCUCGCCUAUCGCUUCGCGCCGGUAGUAGCGGGUUUCAAGAACGUCACGGCGUAUCACGCGGGAGAUGGAGUCUGGGUUGAGUUUGACGUGUUGCUGGAUGAGAAGACGCCGUUGAAUAGAUCGCAUGAUAUCGCGGAGACGCUGCAGUAUUGUGCGGAGGGGUUGGGGGUUGUGGAUAGGGCGUUUGUGACGACGGAUUAUGCGGCGAGUGGACCUUUGGGACAUGCGCUGGAUUCGGAGUGGAAUCAUUAGGUGGUGAGAGGAUGGGAGCGGGAGGGGGGAGAGGAGGGGGAUUUGUACGAUAUAGGCGUAGAUUAUGAUGUUGGAGCUUGGCUUAUGGCAUAGAUUGCGAAUGGGCUUGGUUGUGGACUUGGCGGGGUGAGAUAGGUCGAGAUGCCUUCACAUUUAUGAUGGGAUAGGAUGAGCAUGAGCAUAGGCAUAAGCGAUUUGAAACGAUAAAUGUGUACAUAGAAGCAAUAGACAUACUUAUGAUCAAACCUUCUUAAACUCGGUUAUAAAAUGGUGACAAUAUCCAG